AUGUACACAAGAGCAGCCUUUCUUCUAAUUCCGGCCAUUGUAUUCGCAGGUGAGUCAUGUUUUUGAUCCAAUUGUUAUGAACCAGGAGAAAUAUCUAUACACACAGACUAAGCCUCCAGAUAUCAAAUAUUUGGACGAGAAAAAAAAAAUAAUUGGGUGCCAAACAAAAGGAAAUGAGAUUUUCGUCUUGUAAUGUGUGCGUGUGUGUGUGUAUGUAACUCGAUCCGCGUACUACUCAGACAAAAUAAACGAAAAAUAAAAGUUCUACAAAUUUUUGAAUAUCUCUAAAAUGCGAGCAGAAACGCCUUAAACUUUUUGAACAAAAAAAAAUUUUUCCAACACAAAGUUAGCGUUAAAAAACGUUCAAAAUAGCUUAAAAAUGGAAAAAAUAGGCGGAUAUUAUGGAAGAUUACGGAUUCAGCUAAUAAGAUUAUCACUAAAAAGUUGGAUAGGGUAAGAGAGAGAGCGCUAAAAAUGGGCGGAGCCACGGAGAAGUGGGCGUGGCUUCUAAAGGAUGAGAAAUCGCGGCUAUUAGAAAUUUUCCGUUUUUCUAAAAAAUCAAGCAAAGGAGCCAAAAAAACCAUUCAUUUUUUUAUAAAAUUCAGGUUUUUAGAGGAAAAUUGGAUUAGUUUGUGACCUAUUGAGCAUCGCUUCACACUGAAAUUUGGAAUUUUGCAAAAAAAAAAUAUUUCAGAGCUAUGGGAAUAAUAAAAAAAGUAAGAUGCUAUUUUUUUCUAGAUUUGGUGAGAAAAGGGGCGGGUCUAAAGAGACGUGGCUUGAAUUUUCAAUCGAAUAUGGGUACCCCAAAGAAAAUUAUGGUUGAGAUUUUUCAUAAGACUAUUGAAAAAUGGGCGGAGCCUGAUAAAAAAAGGGGCGUGGCCUAAAGAAAAUAACAGCUUGAGUUCUUCUAGAAUAUUAUGAAAAAAAUGGGCGGAGCGUGAUAAAAAAGGGGGCGUGGCCUAAAGAAAGUAUUUACUUGAGAUUAGCUAUAAUAUCAUUGAAAAAAAUAGGCGGAGCCUGAUAAAGAAGAAAGUGUUCUUGAGAUUUUCUAGAAAAAAAUAUUGAAUAAUGGGCGGAGCCUGAUAAUAAAGGGGGCGUGGCCUAGAGAAAAUAAUAGGUUGAGAUCUUCUAGAAGAUUAUUGAUAAGUGGGCGGAGCCUGAUGAAAAGGAGGCGUGGCCUAAAGAAAAUAUAUUGGUUGAGAUUAUCUAAAACAUUAUUAAAAUGGGCGGAGCCUGAUGAGAAAGAGGCGUGGCCUAAAGAAAAUAAUUAGCUGAAAUUUCUAGAAGAUGCGCGCCGUAGCGCAACAGGUUGUGUGCCUGUCUACGGUCCACAGGGUCACAAGUUCGAUCCCCGCCUCGACGCAACCAAGGGGUUUAAGAAAUGUUGGUAGUGGGAAACCACGACUUCAAAAUCCCCAGCCGUCACACACAAGGACGGAUAUGUCACUGGAGCCAGUCCACUGAUUAUCAUCAGGAUAGGACAUCGGCUAAUCGACUUGGGGCGCCGACGCCGCUCAAGCGGUACAAAGGCGUAAGAAGAAGAAGAAAACUUUCUAGAAGAUGAUUGAAAAAUGGGCGGAGCCUGAUGAAAAGGAGGCGUGGCCUAAAGAAAAUAUAUUGGUUGAGAUUAUCUAAAACAUUAUUAAAAAUGGGCGGAGCCUGAUGAGAAAGAGGCGUGGCCUAAAGAAAAUAAUUAGCUGAAAUUUUCUAGAAGAUUAUUGAAAAAUGGGCGGAGCCUGAAAAAAAGGGGGCGUGGCCUAAGAUCAGAAAAAAGUUGAAAUUUUUCCAAUUUUUUUCGAAGGGCAACUGAAGCCGAAAAAAGCCGAGAAAAAAAAUGUAUGUGUAUGUAUUCAUAAAUCGAAUUGAUGGGCGUGUGCGACGUCGUCGUCGGCGCCUCUUUUUUUGUCCGGAAUCGAAUUAGGGGUUCGCCGUCAGCACAAAUAUGGAAGUACAUGCCGAUGAUGAUGAUGUUGCUCUUUUUUUUUCGAAAAAGGAAUUUCAAGAUGAAGAAAGUUCAUUUGGGCAUCUUCUUCGGGCUCAAUUCGGACAUGUUCUUGGAUGAAGCUUUGGAAAAAGAGGGGGACUCAUUUUUUUGAGCCGAGAAUUUUUUUGGGAUCUCAAAGAAACUUACAAAAUAGUUGAAAAAAACCUUCAAAAAAAUCCCGAAUAAUUCUAAAAUUAUGAUUUUUUUCAGCCCCGUCACCAGUCUCAGUACAAAUCGACAAUCCCGAGGUUUGCCAUAUUUUUUUAUAAAAAUUUGGUAAAAAGUCAAUUAAUUUUAACUUUAAACUAAUUAAUACUGCUUCUCUGGAUGAAAAAAAAACUAGAAAAUGGCUAAUUUUUCAUUUUUGCGUGUUUCCUAGCACUACCAAAGACCUAUAUCGGUUUUUUUCACUGGGAAAAUUUCUAGUGGCCACUAUAGAGGCUCGCCAAGAACUACUUAGAGAGGACAAUAAAGGGGCCACUAAGCCCACCUCUAUAGUGGCCACUAUUUUUCGUUUUAGUGGCCACUUCAGCAGUUUUCCAUCCAGUAUUCCUUCCAGUAACUCUGAUAACUUAAAAAAAACAGAUUUGACCAGUUAUGUUGAUCCAUUGACCCCUAAAGUGGUCACUAAAAUUUUUAGUGGUCUUGUAGUAGCACUUAGACGUCUUAAGUAGCCAAAAAACCCCUUAGACCCCUUAAGGGGCCACCAAUUUUACUACUAUAGUCGCCACUAAAACGUCAAAACCCUAUAGUGGCCACUAAAAUGUUUAGUGGGCUAGUAGUAGCCCUUAGACCGCUAUAGUGGUCCCUAAUUUUAGACACCUUAAGUGGCCACCAAUUUUACUACUAUAGUGGCCACUAAAACGUCAAAACCCUAUAGUGGCCACUAAAAUUUUUAGUGGUCUUGUAGUAGCACUUAGACGUCUUAAGUAGCCAAAAAACCCCUUAGACCCCUUAAGGGGCCACCAAUUUUACUACUAUAGUCGCCACUAAAACGUCAAAACCCUAUAGGGGCCACUAGAAAUUUUCCCAGUACAUCCUCAAUAUGAUCUUUUUUUUCGAAUCAAAACUCAAAUCCAAAAAAUUUCCAGGCAGUCGACGUCGGUUCCUACGACAGAGCCCGAUUCAGCCUGACGGAAUCCUUCCAGCCCCUGCACGCCGCCUCCGCAGCCAAUGGUCCGUAAAAUCUCAAAAUCAUCUAAAAAAUGCACUCCAGAAGAUCAAGUCCAGGCCGCCUUGAGGCAACGAGUCGCCGGUGUCAAGAACAACGAGGCGACGAUUGAAAUCGCCCUUCCAACCGUUGAAGUUUCCAAUGAGAGCCAGAGAAAUGUCCCAGAACGUACGUUUUUUUAAAAAGUGAUAAGGAAACUGGAACCUUUGGAGACUUGAAAUUUAACAAAAAUUAUUGAAAAUCGAGUUGAUUUGAAUUUUACACACUAAAUUGGUUAUUUUUUAAGUUUUAAAGCAAAAAUUCAUGGAGAAAUCGCAGCGGAGAUGUCUUAAAAACCAUGGCCAUUUAAGAGGUUUCUUAAUGAAUAUUCGGGCAAAUUCGUAAGGGUGAAUAAUGGCUUAAAAAUGGCAGCAAAAAGGCACCAAAAAGGCAGCAAAAAGGCACCAAAAAGGCACCAAAAAGGCAGCAAAAAGGCAGCGAAAAAGGAGCCUUUUUCGACCCUUUUCGAAUUCGCCUAUGACUUGGAGAGGACACUAAAGUGGUCACUAAAACCACCUCUUCACACUUUUUUGUCUAAGUGGCCACUAUAGCAGUUUUUACGGGUCCUAGACUUCUGAAGAGGUCAAUAAGUGCCCACUAAUAGGGGCCAUCGAAACGUUAAACCUCUUAAGUGGCCACUAAAAAUUUUUCCAGAAGAUCAAGAGUAUUUUCUUUAAGCUGGUUCUCAAUUCCGAUCAACGCACUGGAAAAAUUUUUGGUGGCCACUAUAGGGUUUUGACGUUUUAGUGGCCACUAUAGUAGUCAAAUUAGUGGCCACUUAAGGGGUUAAAAAUUAGUGGCCGCUAUAGAGGUCUAAGUGCUACUGGACCACUAAAAAUUUAGUGGCCACUUUAGGGAUUAAUGGAUCAACAUAACUGGUCCAAUAUGUUUGUUUCAAGAUUAUCAGAGUUACUGGAAGGAGUACUGGAUGAAAAACUACUGAAGUGGCCACUAAAACGGAAAAUUUUGGCCACUAUAGUGUCCUCUCCAAGUAGUCCUUGGCGAGCCUCUAUAGUGGCCACUAAAAAUUUUCCCAGGAAGCAAAAAAGCCAAAUCUACUCCGGAAAAUUCCUCUCAUUAGACAAAGUUCACCCUGGAAGAUACACCCCCAUAGAAACUCAUUAAUAAUCAGUUAGCCGUCGUAUAGAAUAUCAUUUUCUCAUCUUAGCGAUGCCAAAAGGGAAAAGGAGCAAGCAAAUCAUCGAAUUAGGCGAAUGGACGCGAAAUAAAAAAUGCAAGUUUCUUGACUUGCCGUCCGUCAAGCCGUGUGUCAAUCGAAAGGGGGUUUGAAUAAGGUCGCCAAUUAUCUACAUAUGUACAUAUGUCCUUACUAGGGAAGCAAUUGCCCUUUUCGGGUGAUCACUGAGUUGAUGCGCAGCGAAAUGGGGCUCGAAAUCGAUCUGAAGCGUACAAAAAGCUUGAAGAAGCUUCUAACUCCUUUUAAGAACUUAUUUAGGGAAAAAAGGCCUCAAAUAAACUUUGAAGCUCAUUUUUGAACUAUAACGCUUUUCAAAUGCCUGGACGAACGGUAAAAAAUCCCUUUUAAAUAUGUUUUCAGUCGAUGCGCAGCUAAAUAAAGCUCAAAGUCAAUGUUAAGAUAAACAUGGCUAAUGAAAAAACCUGAAAAAACCUUCUAAGACCUGCAUCAGAAAGAUAAAAAGGUUGUCCAGGCCAAAUUAGCCUCAUCAAGUUUGCACGGAGAAACCUAAGCUUUCAGGGUUAUUAAAUCUGAAAUUAGCCAAACUAUAACACGAAAAGGGCAUUAGAAUUUGUUACACGAGUGAUUGAGUAAAAAAAAUUGAACUGACUGGGAAGAUUUUUAGUGAUCACUAGAGGGUUUCGAAGUUGAAGUGGCUCCUUUAGUGGCUAAAAAUUAUUAAUCUCUCUAGAAACCUAAUUGGUACUACUAGAUCCCUAAAAACUAUUAUAGUGGUCACUAAGACGCAAAAAUAGUGGCAUGUAUAGAGUUGAUUUUUAGUAGCCACUUUAGUGUCCUUGACGAACCUCUUAAGUGCCCAGAGAGUUUUUUUCCAAGUGAGAGAUUUUUUUCUUCUAGUGAACCCUACAUGAACCUCUUAAGUGCCUCUUCUAGUUAACCCUGACAACUUCAAAGGCAGAAAUAAUUUUCAUUAUCACAAGUUUUUCUCAGGUUUCAAAUUCUUACUUAGCUGAGGAACCUAAAAAUUUAACUAUUUUCCUAAAAUCUACUUCAUUUCAAAUCUUCGGGAGUAACACUAGAUAGUAAUUUUUUUAAAUUUUAGGACAUUUUUUUCUGAGUUCAACACACUUUAUCGGUAACAAGACAGCGUACUUUUCAUUUCCAACCAUCUUUCUUCAAGCAAAAAAACUCAAAAACGCUCCAAAUUUCAUCAUCUUUCCAAUGAAACAGCUCAAAAAUGCAUAUUAAGGAUUGGCCUUCGGCGAAUGGACCGAGUGGACGGCGUGGUCCCAAUGCCAAAACGGGGAGAAGAGCCGCGUCAGGACGUGUGUUUCCCGCCGUCUUGCCCUCCGUGUCGUUUGUCAUGGAGAAUCCAUUGAGGUACAUUUUUUUUGAACCUUUCAGGAAGGCCAAUGAUAAAAAAAUAUGAAAAUGGAAAUCAUCUCUGCUUCUUAAGUGUAUAACUUUUAAGUUGAGCGCCAAAUUCGAAUAACUUUUAGUGAUCUCUUAAGGGUUUUGAUGUUUUGUUGACCUCUAUAGCAGUCGAAUUAGUGGCCACUUAAGUGACUAAACCUUUGUGGCUCAUUAGGAGUCUAAAUGGUAAAAAAAAACUACUAUAGGGGUCACUAAAACGCAGGAUAGUGGCUUCUAUAGAGGUGGUUUUAGAAGCCACUUAGUGUCCUCUUCAAGUAGUCUGUGAGGGGCCUCUUGAGUGGAUACUGAAGUUUUCCAAUUGAGGGAGAGCUUAGCUUAAGUCAAUUUUUCAGAAAAUUUCCUAAAAAUAACUAUAUUCCAUUCACGUCUAGCUUGGGAAAGGCGUGGCCUGUCUGCGCUCUCCACUACCUAAGCGCUAUUUCUUUUCUCAUCGUGUCAGAACCCAUUUUCAAUGCUUAUCAGCUAUAGAGACCAGAAAAACCAAAAAAAAAAUGUUUCCUUAGAGUUUUUAAAGAACAAUAAAACAGGCAGAAAACUUGGCUAAGAUGUAAUUUUUGAGUAAAUCCAAUCUCCUAGUCAAGCCAGAAAAUCAAUCUACAGAUCCAAAAAUGCUUCGUUUCUGCGAGCAACAACAGCAUCCCCGUCGCCAAGGACCCCUGGACCAUUGAGCGGGAGAUCAGCGGCGAUUUUCGAGCGUAG